GAUGUGAAGGGAAUUCUGCCCCUGAUGAUCCUCAUGGUGAUAGUUUUCCUGCUGCUUUUGUUCUGGGAAAACGAGUUCAGUGAGGACGUUGUGCUGACUUCCAUAGAGCACUUGCACGUGGACUAUCCUCAGGAUGAUGCUCCUCUGAGGUACUGCAACCAUAUGAUUCUGCAGAGAGUCAUCAGGGAACCUGACCACACGUGCAAAAAGACGCACGUCUUCAUCCACGAGAGGCCUCAGAAGAUCAACAGCAUUUGCACUUCCUCUAAGAAGAUGACUUGCCCAAACUAUUCUGAUAUUUUCUGCUUUCGGAGUGAGACAAGAUUCCGAAUGACAGUCUGUCAGCUCAUUGGUGGCACCACGUAUCCUGCCUGCAGGUACAAAGUCUCCCCUAUCGAGGGCUUCCUCUUUCUCACUUGUGAUGACUUAGGGCCGGUCAAUUUCCAGGGAUAUGUCCACUAACUUGCCACCAGCACUGAGCCUGCGGACUUUUCCUCUGUUCCCCUGAGUGCUCUGGUUAAAUUGAACUGUGGAUACGGUGUAAUGGCGUGAAGGAAGUGGGUAAGGUGAUUUUUCCUUCUGGUGUUGCUGAGAAGCAGUCAUUGAU